UUCUAUAAAAGCCAAACCGUCGCAGUAUAUGCUAAGGAGGAUGAGAUGUGAUUGAUAAGACUUUCCUAAUCGUAGAGAGAAUGAAUGGCAAUGAAGAUUUUAGGGUCAGAAUAGAAGAGUUUGAUGAUGUUUGGACCAAAAUGCUGUGACAAGUACUUUUAUUGGUAAGGGCUGUUGAAAAAUUUCCCUACAAAGGAAUGACCUCUACUCCGCAUCUUGGAGCCAGAUUGUGCAGAGGAUUGGAGAUGUCUGUGAAAGAACAUUACUUGUUCUAAUGGCGUCAAAGGCCAAAACUUCAUCGGAAGGGGUGGAGGCUUUAUGGGUGCGUGAAUCUGUAGCAUCUGUCUGGAAAAAGAUUGAUAUUAUAUACGAAUAUGUGAUGCGAGAAGCUCUGUUGAAACCCUAGAUUUUAGGUGUGUGAAAAGUGUGAGGACAAAGUGGCGAAGAAAAUAGAUGAAUCGGAUCUGGAUCGGAAAGAAGAAUGGUUGAAUGUGACUAAUACUUCCUUGUUUGUUGAUCGUUCUGAAAAGGAUAGCUCGGCUAUUAUUUCUGCGCUGUCGCGGGUAGUUGCAGGAGGUAUGGAAAAGCAGGAGAAUCAAUCGUUCAGGGGAGUGAAGAGACAGAGAGAUGAUCGGCCGUUGACGGGAAUCACAAAACCCAUCCGCCUCAAGACAGAAAUCGCUGAUCAGCCCUUGUUUGGUGCAUCUUCUCGAGAAUCAUACACGAUUAUGCAAAAUCAGGAGCGAAAUCAUCUUGAGAUGGAGAGAGCGAUGAGGAAAGACAAUGAAAUCCAUUUACUCGAAGCAGCCACCAAAUCCAAUGGCCAAUUGCAGCAGCAGAGAAAGGGGCGAUAUAGAGGAGUAAGACAAAGACCAUGGGGCAAAUGGGCGGCAGAGAUUCGAGACCCCAAGAAAGCAGCUCGUGUGUGGCUCGGCACUUUCGAGACUGCAGAAGCCGCAGCAAAAGCCUAUGAUGAUGCGGCUUUAAGAUUCAGAGGAACAAAGGCUAAACUCAACUUCCCGGAAAGAGCCUCUCUCAACCUCACCGACCUUACCAAUAAUAAUAAUAAUAAUAAACCCGGUGUGAACGGAAACGAGGGAAAUGGCAUCAUCGUCAGCAGUUCCCAACCUCCAGACGCAAACUCCACGUUGAGGAAUCAUCCAUUCCCACCCAAUAACCAAAUGUCGGCGGCAGCUUAUUUUGACUUGCCUCGUCCUUUCCCAUGUUUAUCUUACCUUCCGGAGAUUUUCCAGAAUACCCAACUCCACCUCAAUCCAGUGAUGGAUGGACAACAGCCUAAUAGUUUUCUUCCUCGUGGUUUUCGUUUUCCACGAUCUUAUCAGCAGCAAUCAAACCAUUUUCCUCUCUCCUCCAUUGAUAGCCAGCGAAGUACUGAUCAUGGACUAUUUAAUAGGACCCCAAGUUUUUGUUCAUCGACGUACCCACAGUACAGCUUUUCGAUCGACAAUAAUAAUUUUAAUCUGCAGCAGCCGAAUUUUCUACAGCGUUUAGUUCCGUCAGGUCACUCUAUUGAACAGUUGCAGGAUGUUUCACAAAAGCCUAUUGGAAAACCAUCUGGAUGCUUGGGUGGUGUUGGAAUAUUUAGUAAAUCUUUCACUUGUGCCACAAAAUCAGAAUCAGAUUCCUGCGAUGCUUCAGCUAUUCCUCCUUCACAUAAUUGGCACUGUAAAGAUGCAUGACAGAAAGAAGGCAAUAAGCGACAGUUGCUGAAAAUUUUUGCGAGUAGAACAAUAGAUUUUGAGGAUUCAAGCAAAGACACAGACAAUCAGAUACAUGCGAAGAUACAGAUUCCCAUGUUGAACGAUUUGCUACUGUCCAGAUUUCUUUAUCACGUCUUGAGGUAUGGGAGAUGUUUACAAGAUUCGUAUGAGGGGGAUAAUUAGAAGUAAACUACUCCCAAAGAACUUUCUCACCAUGGACAAGAUAUAACUUUGUUCACGUCACAACAGAUUUUGGCUGACUCAUCCUUCGUUUCUUACUUUGUUUUGUUAAAACCGCCCCUAUGAUCUUAUCUGUUUAUUAUCAUAUUUUGUUAACUGUAGUGAUUUGUAUCAAAAUGACUGCAAUACUUUCUAAAGAUGCAGUUUUCAAAACUGAGUUAACCGUAACAGUGAUAUUUAGGGUACAAUGCAUUAAGUCCAUGCUCAAAUUGUGAAAGGAAUGAAGUAGAAUAAUCCAGUGGAUUGUUUUUGGUAGAAUGAAAUACUUGUAUACGUUAAGUUUAACUUUAUGCUGGGAUCCAUUCCUCCAUUGAAAAUUCAUCAUGUUUAUUUUUAUCAUGAACCAUGGGCUUUUUACAAAGGUGUUUCAAAGCAUGGGAUGAGA